AUGCUCAUUACUACAGGGGGAACUGCUGAAGGGACAUCUACUUCAGGAGAAUCAUCUACUUCUACCGAACUUCACACCACUCAUGGAUCUACAACACAAAUUCCUACAAGAGUAACAGAGAAAAUAACGUCUGUACCAUCCAUUAUUCAAGAAAGCAGAACAUCCCAGACCACUACAACUCAGGGGACAACCCCAACACCAGCAGCUUCUUCUCAUGGCUCCACCACUGUGACAACAGUUAAAUCUACCACCACUAGUCAACAGCCUGAAAGUUCCCAGACCACUACAACUCAGGGGACAACCCCAACACCAACAGCUUCCACUCAGGGCACUUCUACUCUGAAAACAGCUGAAUCCACAACCACUGGUCAAGAGCCUGGAAGUUCCCAGACCACUAAAACUCAGGGGACAACCCCAACCCCAACAGGCUCUGCUCAGGGCACUUCCACUCUGACAACAGCUGAAUCCACAAACACUGGUCAACAGCCUGGAAGUUCCCAGACCACUACAACUCAGGGGACAACCCCAACACCAACAGCUUCCACUCAGGGCACUUCUACUCUGAAAACAGCUGAAUCCACAACCACUGGUCAAGAGCCUGGAAGUUCCCAGACCACUACAACUCAGGGGACAACCCCAACACCAACAGCUUCCACUCAGGGCACUUCUACUCUGAAAACAGCUGAAUCCACAACCACUGGUCAACAGCCUGGAAGUUCCCAGACCACUACAACUCAGGGGACAACACCAACACCAACAGCUUCCACUCAGGGCACUUCUACUCUGAAAACAGCUGAAUCCACAACCACUGGUCAACAGCCUGGAAGUUCCCAGACCACUAAAACUCAGGGGACAACACCAACACCAACAGCUUCCACUCAGGGCACUUCUACUCUGAAAACAGCUGAAUCCACAACCACUGGUCAAGAGCCUGGAAGUUCCCAGACCACUAAAACUCAGGGGACAACACCAACACCAACAGCUUCCACUCAGGGCACUUCUACUCUGAAAACAGCUGAAUCCACAACCACUGGUCAAGAGCCUGGAAGUUCCCAGACCACUACAACUCAGGGGACAACCCCAACACCAACAGCUUCCACUCAGGGCACUUCUACUCUGAAAACAGCUGAAUCCACAACCACUAGUCAACAGCCUGGAAGUUCCCAGACCACUAAAACUCAGGGGACAACACCAACACCAACAGCUUCCACUCAGGGCACUUCUACUCUGAAAACAGCUGAAUCCACAACCACUGGUCAACAGCCUGGAAGUUCCCAGACCACUACAACUCAGGGGACAACACCAACACCAACAGCUUCCACUCAGGGCACUUCUACUCUGAAAACAGCUGAAUCCACAACCACUGCUGAAUCCACAACCACUGGUCAACAGCCUGGAAGUUCCCAGACCACUACAACUCAGGGGACAACCCCAACACCAACAGCUUCCACUCAGGGCACUUCUACUCUGAAAACAGCUGAAUCCACAACCACUAGUCAACAGCCUGGAAGUUCCCAGACCACUAAAACUCAGGGGACAACCCCAACACCAACAGCUUCCACUCAGGGCACUUCUACUCUGAAAACAGCUGAAUCCACAACCACUGGUCAAGAGCCUGGAAGUUCCCAGACCACUAAAACUCAGGGGACAACCCCAACCCCAACAGGCUCUGCUCAGGGCUCCUCCACUCUGACAACAGCUGAAUCCAAAACCACUGGUCAGCAGCCUGGAAGUUCCCAGACCACUAAAACUCAGGGGACAACACCAACACCAACAGCCUCCACUCAGGGCUCCUCCACUCUGACAACAGCUGAAUCCAAAACCACUAGUCAACAGCCUGGAACCUGGAAGUUCCCGACCACUACAACUCAGGGGACAACACCAACACCAACAGCUUCCACUCAGGGCACUUCUACUCUGAAAACAGCUGAAUCCACAACCACUGGUCAAGAGCCUGGAAGUUCCCGGACCACUACAACUCAGGGGACAACCCCAACACCAACAGCUUCCACUCAGGGCACUUCUACUCUGAAAACAGCUGAAUCCACAACCACUGGUCAACAGCCUGGAAGUUCCCAGACCACUACAACUCAGGGGACAACACCAACACCAACAGCUUCCACUCAGGGCACUUCUACUCUGAAAACAGCUGAAUCCACAACCACUGGUCAACAGCCUGGAAGUUCCCAGACCACUACAACUCAGGGGACAACCCCAACACCAACAGCUUCCACUCAGGGCACUUCUACUCUGAAAACAGCUGAAUCCACAACCACUGGUCAACAGCCUGGAAGUUCCCAGACCACUAAAACUCAGGGGACAACACCAACACCAACAGCUUCCACUCAGGGCACUUCUACUCUGAAAACAGCUGAAUCCACAACCACUGGUCAACAGCCUGGAAGUUCCCAGACCACUACAACUCAGGGGACAACCCCAACACCAACAGCUUCCACUCAGGGCACUUCUACUCUGAAAACAGCUGAAUCCACAACCACUGGUCAACAGCCUGGAAGUUCCCAGACCACUACAACUCAGGGGACAACACCAACACCAACAGCUUCCACUCAGGGCACUUCUACUCUGAAAACAGCUGAAUCCACAACCACUGGUCAAGAGCCUGGAAGUUCCCAGACCACUACAACUCAGGGGACAACCCCAACACCAACAGCUUCCACUCAGGGCACUUCUACUCUGAAAACAGCUGAAUCCACAACCACUGGUCAAGAGCCUGGAAGUUCCCAGACCACUAAAACUCAGGGGACAACCCCAACACCAACAGCCUCCACUCAGGGCACUUCUACUCUGAAAACAGCUGAAUCCACAACCACUGGUCAAGAGCCUGGAAGUUCCCAGACCACUAAAACUGAGGGGACAACCCCAACCCCAACAGGCUCUACUCAGGGCUCCUCCACUCUGACAACAGCUGAAUCCAAAACCACUAGUCAACAGCCUGGAAGUUCCCAGACCACUAAAACUGAGGGGACAACCCCAACCCCAACAGGCUCUACUCAGGGCUCCUCCACUCUAACAACACCUGAAUCCACAACCACUAGUCAACAGCCUGGAAGUUCCCAGACCACUAAAACUGAGGGGACAACCCCAAUCCCAACAGGCUCCACUCAGGGCUCCUCCACUCUGACAACAGCUGAAUCCACAACCACUGGUCAACAGCCUGGAAGUUCCCAGACCACUAAAACUCAGGGGACAACCCCAAUCCCAACAGGCUCUACUCAGGGCUCCUCCACUCUGACAACAGCUGAAUCCAAAACCACCAGUCAGCAGCCUGGAAGUUCCCAGACCACUAAAACUCAGGGGACAACCCCAAUCCCAACAGGCUCUACUCAGGGCUCCUCCACUCUGACGACAGCUAAAUCCAUAACCACUAGUCAACAGCCUGGAAGUUCCCAGACCAGUAAAACUGAGGGAACAGCCCUAACACCAACAGCCUCCACUCAGGGCUCUUCCACUCUAACAACACUUGAAUCCACAACCACUAGUCAACAGCCUGGAAGUUCCCAGACCACUAAAACUGAGGGGACAACCCCAACACCAAUAGUCUCUACUCAGGGCACUUUCACUCUGACAACAGCUAAAUCCACAAACACUAGUCAGCAGCCUGGAAGUUCCCAGACCACUAAAACUCAGGGGACAACCCCAAUCCCAACAGGCUCUACUCAGGGCUCCUCCACUCUGACAACAGCUGAAUCCAAAACCACCAGUCAGCAGCCUGGAAGUUCCCAGAUCACUACAACUCAGGGGACAACACCAACCCCAACAGGCUCUACUCAGGGCUCCUCCAUUCUGACGACAGCUAAAUCCAUAACCACUAGUCAACAGCCUGGAAGUUCCCAGACCAGUAAAACUGAGGGAACAGCCCUAACACCAACAGCCUCCACUCAGGGCUCUUCCACUCUAACAACACCUGAAUCCACAACCACUAGUCAACAGCCUGGAAGUUCCCAGACCACUAAAACUGAGGGGACAACCUCAACACCAAUAGUCUCUACUCAGGGCACUUUCACUCUGACAACAGCUAAAUCCACAAACACUAGUCAGCAGCCUGGAAGUUCCCAGACCACUAAAACUCAGGGGACAACCCCAAUCCCAACAGGCUCUACUCAGGGCUCCUCCACUCUGACAACAGCUGAAUCCAAAACCACCAGUCAGCAGCCUGGAAGUUCCCAGAUCACUACAACUCAGGGGACAACACCAACCCCAACAGGCUCUACUCAGGGCUCCUCCAUUCUGACAACAGCUAAAUCCAUAACCACUAGUCAACAGCCUGGAAGUUCCCAGACCAGUAAAACUGAGGGAACAGCCCUAACACCAACAGCCUCCACUCAGGGCUCUUCUACUCUAACAACACCUGAAUCCACAACCACUAGUCAACAGCCUGGAAGUUCCCAGACCACUAAAACUGAGGGGACAACCCCAACACCAAUAGUCUCUACUCAGGGCACUUCCACUCUGACAACAGCUAAAUCCACAAACACUAGUCAGCAGCCUGGAAGUUCCCAGACUACUACAACUCAGGGGACAACACCAAUACCAACAGCCUCCACUCAGGGCUCCUCCACUCUGACAACAGCUGAAUCUACAACCACUGGUCAACAGCCUGGAAGUUCCCAGGCCACUAAAACUGAGGGGACAACCCCAACACCAACAGCCUCCCCACAGAGUUCCUCCACUUUGACAACUUUUGAAUCCACAACCACUAGUCAGCAGCUAGGAACUUCCCAGACUACCUUUACCUCGUCUUCUGUGGCCACUGUCAUUACAAAACAGACUUUUUCAACGACAAAUCAUGUCACUUCUCCACCUGUUGUGACCACCUCCAAACCCAGCACAACUAUCCAGAUGACUUCUGAGAAUGCUUCAGCCUCCCUAGCUCCAGGUAUUCCACUCUUCCCCUACCAACAGGACCAAAGAUAUGUUGAUUGGAAACUGGACUUUACUAUAGGAGUCUUCAAACCUCAGAUUGGAUUCCCCUUUGGUUCAAAGCUCUGGGAUUUCCUCUAUUUUACAGAUAAUGGCCAGAUCAUCUUCUCAUCCUCAGAAUAUGGCAUUUACUCCUACCCGAACCCACCCUCUAGAACGUUUACAUCCAAUUACCAUUUGGCCACAGUAGCUGCAUUCUGGAGUGAUGCUGAUUUUUCCAGCGGUCGAGGAGAAAUAUUUUACCGGGAAUAUGAGACAUUCUUUGGGAGCGAUGAUAACUUCCUGAAAAAAGUGGAGUAUUGGAUUCUAAAGUGCACAAAAACCCGCUAUAAGGCCAGAUGGACCCUGAAGAUUACAUGGGUUAAAGUCCCUCCAUAUCCAGCCCAAAGAAUAUCUGGGGACAACACCUUCCAGGCCAUCCUCACGACUGAUGGGAGUCAAUCUUUUGCACUGAUCCUUUAUCAAAAUGGUGGGAUGCAAUGGGCUGUGCCCCCAUACCAAGCAGCUGAUGUUCUCAUAGGCUUCUCCAGUGGGGAUGAAUUUUUCUUCAAUGAUCCAUUGACAUCAAGGCCCCCAGAGGAGAAAUAUCGUCCAGAUCAGAUCAAAGGUUCUCAUACAGGCUACAAGGGUUUUCAGAUCUACACGUUACAUAAAGAGGUACGACCAAACUAUCGCCUGAAGUGUUUGCAGUGGUUGAAGAAUUCAAAGACUAGAUGGAACUGGAAGCUGUAUUGUCCUUGCUCCUGGCAGCAGGGCAUCUGGGACCUGCGAUUUCAGCCAAUUAGAAGAGGUUGGAGCAACAGAAAGCAGCUCUGCAGCUUUUCCUCCUGGCAAGGGAACAUCUGCUGUGUGUAUGGUUUCUGGGGAGAGCUUCGUGAUGGCUGGAGUUUCCAGAACCCUUGGGACCUUGGCCAAGAAGAGGAGGCGCAAAACUGGUGCUGCCGGUGGAAUGACAAGCCAUUCCUGUGUUAUCUGUACCAGCAGAAGAGGCCUCCUGUCAGCUGCAUUGAGUACAGGCCCCCUCGACCUGCCUGGAUGUUUGGAGAUCCCCAUAUCACCACCCUGGAUGGUGCCUCUUAUACCUUCAAUGGAUGGGGAGACUUCAUACUGGUUCAAGCCAAGAAUGAAAACGCCUACUUCGAGCUGCAGGGACGGACAGUCAAGAUGGAGUCAGCCGAAGCAACCAAAUUCUCUGCCUUUGCUGCUCACUACCAGUUCAAGACCAUAAACAACACAGUUCAUUGGUUUCUUAUGCCUAAUGAUACCGUCCAGGUUCUGCUCAAUAACCAGAAUGUGACUUUUGCUAACAAUGACAACUUUCCAAAAGAUGUGAAGAUCCACAAUUCCUCCGGCGUUCUCUUGAUUCAGAAUCACUCUAUGAUCUCUGCCAGCUUCGAUGGGGCUGUGGUAGUCUCUGUGCACGCACGCACCAACAUCCUGCAGGCUUUUUCCACUUUGCCGACAGAUUAUCAAAACCACACUCAGGGCCUUCUGGGGGUCUGGAAUAACAAUGUCUAUGAUGACUUCAAGAUGCCCAAUGGUUCCUGCAUUCACUAUAACAGCUCUGAAGAGCUGUUAUUUCGUUAUGGAAUGACCUGGAAUGUCACCGGAAAGAGCUUCUUUGACAACAAAUAUGAUAAUGCCAUCAGCAACUUCACUCCCAUCUUCCUGUCCCAACUGAUGAAGAAGACUCCCGAUGACAAGUGGAAAAUUAUGUGUAAUGGUAGUGAGCCGUGUCUUUACGAUACCCUGGCCACAAAUAACAACGUUAGUAUUGGGGAGGCCACCAGAACCAUCCAGAGAAACUUCCAAAUCAUGAAUGGCACCCUCAACAAGUUCCCGCCCUUCAUUUAUGGUAACAGCUCGAUCCUUGCCUACAUGAAGAAGACCCAGAGACUGAUAUAUCACAGCAACGACAAAGGAGCCAUCUUUAACCUCAGCAGAAAGGCUUCUGACAUCAUCUUCAUGGAAAAUGGAACAUUGCUGUGGACUCCAGCAUCCCUGACCCCUUUUAACCUUGAGAUCCUGGCAAGGAAUGCAGAAGGCUUAUAUUCUCUUCUACAACCAAGAGCUGUUGUCUGCAACUGUUCAAAGGAGAGCCAGUGUAACUACAGCAACAGCAGCAAGAUUUCCAACUCAUCCCUUGAGGUGGCAGCUUGUAAAUGUGACCAGGAAAGCUUUGGCCCUUUCUGUGAACACUCAGUUGACUCCUGUGUUGAAUUAUGUUAUCCUGGUGUCCAUUGUGAUCCUAAAAAGGGAUGUGGUCCCUGCCCUACGAACAUGAUAGGAGAUGGGAGACAUUGUGCAAGUUGUGAGAUUUUAGAGUGCCCCAAAGAUUAUUGCUUCAAUGAUGGAAAGUGCUAUAUCUCCUCCACCUGCCAGUUCACCUGUGCCUGCCCCCCACCUUUUACUGAUGCUAGAUGCUUCCUAGCUGGGAAACCCUUUACACCAACCCUAAUUGCAGACAUUCCUGUGAGAACUAUCCAGCUCUUACUCAAAGAAAAUGAAAUGGCUACCGAACAAGAAGUCAAUGCCACGGUCAUUUAUAUGCUGGAGUCCCUAGAAGGUCGGGCUUUUCUGAACAACAGCCGGGUUGAAAAAAUCAAUGUCACAGGUCAGGUUCAGAAGUGGAAUGUGACUGCAGAGUUCCAGUACCUCCCUCAGGGCUCUGUGAUUGACUUCCUGAACAAUAGGCUGAUAGAAGCUAUCCUUGAGCUCUUCUGGAAACAGGAUAAACCCUCAAGGAUUUCGAAUCCACGGGAAAAUGUGUCUUUUUCUCCUAUUACAGAGAAAGAUAUUCUCAGUAUAAAAAUACUUGAAGUGGACGAGCUGAAGCAAUACUUCGACUGCAACGGCACUUACCCUGGUUAUCGUCUCGUCUACAAUGACAAAACUGGCUUCUCCUGUGUGUCUCCAUGUGAUGAGGGCUACUGCAAGCACAGAGGCCUCUGUCAACACCUGCCCAGUGGGCCGAAGUGCAGCUGUGGAUCCUACUCCAUCUACUCCCCAUCGGGCGAGCGCUGUGAGCACUUGGGCAUAAGAAUGGGAGCCUUCUUCGGGAUUUUGUUUGGAGCCCUGGGUUUUUGCCUCCUCUUGGGGAUUGGAAUCUUCCUGAUUCUUCGAUACCUCCAAAAUUCAAGGAAUUGGUACUCUGUCAAUGAUUCUCAAGGGUGAAAACCCAAGGGCAAAGCAGAGCGGGCUGCAGCUCCAACUUCGCUUUUACAGUUCUAUGAUCUGGGGCUUUGGGAGAAAACAUGGAAAUGUUUCAGGAUUUCUGAGGGAGAAUGGCUAAUGACUGAGAGGAUGGACUGGGACAAUGCACCAUAGCAAUAUAUACACAGGGAGACAAGUGGCAAUGAGACAUCCUUGUGUAUAUACCCAACAGGACUCAUUUGGGGUAAUGGGUCGAUGCACUUUGGGUGAUAUUUUGCACAUGAGACUCUUUGGAUAAAUGAAACCUAUUUAAAUAAAUUGUUCUUGGAUUUCAUGAGUUCAAAAGCUAAGGAUUCCAUUUCUGACUUUUCACAUCUUGGGCAACAAGUGCAAUCUACGUGUCUCAAAGGGCCCUUAUUAUUGUUGGUCCCUUCCUACCCCACAAUUUCUAUAAUGCUAAUUCCAUAUUUGACCUAAAGCUGAUACAUGCAAAAUCCUUCUAUCAAAAUGAGGUAUAAUAGUCUUCCCCGUUUUUGUUCUGGACUGCCAACAAAGAGUUCUAUCUCUGUCUCUAUCUCUCUCUGUCUGUCUCUCAGUCUCUCUGUGUCUGUGUCUGUCUCUCUGUGUCUCUCUCCCUCUUUCUCUCCUUCCCCCCUCUCUUUUUCUUUCUCUCUCCCUCCUUCUCUUCUUCCCUCUUUCCCUUCUUCUCUCCCCCCUCCUUCUUUUCCUCCUCCUCUCUCUCCCCCUUUCCUUCUCUCCCUCUCCCUUGCUUUCUCUCUCCCUCCUUCCUCCCCUCCCUUCCUUUCUUUCCCUCUCUCUUUCCCUCCUUCUCUUCCUCCCUCCUUCCCUUCCUCCCUCCUUCCCUUCUUCCCUCCUUACUCCCCUCCCCCCACACACUCCAAUAGUCUCAGAACUCAGUAAGAUUUUUGAAAUAUCCUAUUUCAUUUCUCAUUAAAUGCUUAACAAAAAUCAAUUUAAAAAUAAUAAGCAGGAAAGAAACAAGCACAUAUUUAACAGCAAGAUAGAGAAAUGAGUUAGAAAGAUUGGUUUGAGUUCUACAAUUGAAUGGAGUCUAGAUCCAAGAAGUCAAGGUGCCAUUUUGUAUAUUGCUGAUAGGAUGUCUUCAUUUUUCGGAAUCUUUUUAUCUAUUUGUAUCUAGAGAAUUUUUGCAAUAAUAUGUAUAUAUGUGUUAUAUAUACAUGUGUGUCAGUAUAAUUAUAUACACACACAAAUAUAUGUACAUAUAUUUACAUAUACAUCAAAAAAUACAAGAGUAACUAGCCAUUUAUGGGAUAUCUAUAUAUGUACAAGACUGAUUUAUAUAAAUAAGGAUAGAAACUAAACCUGUGAUCUAAUUGGUACAAACAGAGAUCUGCAACUGAUAGUUAGAGUUACACAGAAUACCAGGAUCACAAUGAAAUGUAGAAGCUAAUUUCAGGACUAGGGCAUGCAGGAUGCAAGAGAAAAACAAAUUCUCCAUCUGUCAUCCAUUCUUAACAAAAAUUCAAUGAUCACUUCUUGACCAAGCAUUGACCAUAAGUCUCAUCACGACUUAAUUGUGAGAUUUAACCAUAUACAACCCCUAAUUUCAAAUUUUAAGGCAAGACUUUCUUCUAGAUAUAGUGCCAAGAUCUACUCUCAAGUGAAUUUUAAAGUAUUACCAACUUUAUUGGUAUAUGGUCUGUGUUAGUAUUUUAUAAAUAAAAGAAAUAAUUCAUCAUAUAUACACAAAUGCAUAAAGACAAGACUUUCCUGAAGUAACAUAAUAUUUUAGGUUAUUGCUAUCAAUGACUUUUACAAGUAUAAAUGAGGUUAAAAAAAAACCAAAACCUUGGUUUCUGCACUUUUGCCCAGAGAUACACCUACUUAAGUCAUCCCUGGCUGAAUUGUUCCAGUGUCUUUUCUUGCAUGAUUUUCACUAGUCCAUUCCCUGUGAUUUUUUGAAUUUAUCUUAAAGCUCUUUAAAUUUCAGGGACCAUGACCAUUUGCCUUCCUUUGCAAGUAUCUAAACCAUUAAUAAUCAUAGAUGAAAACUUCAUAAAGACUAUUUGAAAAUUUUUGCUGGUGAGUCCCAGAACCAAAAACAAGUUGAAGUCGAUUAUAGUUAUAUACCAAGAAAUGGGGAAAAUCAUGGCUAGGGCAGAUAAGGGGAAGGAAAAGCAAUGUCAAUAGUGGGCUAUUAGUUCCACAUUAUAAAUUGAUGAUUGGCCAAAUGAUGUUACAGUAGGUUUUCAUAAUUUAAUGGUAGGAGUUGAUUAUAAUAUGUUGAUGACAUUAGUAUGAAACCUGAUUUGUCAGGGGAAUGGGGUAUACUUGCACAAUAAAUUUGAGCUAUUCCAGUUUGGGGGGCUAAGGUGAAGUGGUUGGGAUGUAUUUGGAUUAUAUGAGACUUAUAUUAGUGUUUGUGUGUAACUCUUAUCCAAAUGACCAUUUGGAAAUUUGUUCUCUUUGACUAGGCAUAUGCAUUAUAAAAGUUUUGUUUUUCUCUUUUUUUCCAAUGGAGAAGGGGGGGUGACAGAGAAGGAGAUAAGGAUAAUGGGAUCAUAUUCUUAUCUCCUUCUCUGUAUGGAAAAGUUGGAGCUUCUUUUGCUGUUUACAUUGGCUCAAAGUAGUUUACAUUCUCUGUAGAGUUAUAGGUCACGUUCCCAGGACAUGGCUACCAUUGUACACUUAUGUAAGAUAAUUUGCAAAUCUUAAAAUACUAUGUAAAUGCAAGUUCCCAGUUCUAAGCUCCUAUGAGCCUAUCUUCAAGUCUAAUUGUCUCACAUUACAAAUGAGGGAACUGACAUCCAGAAAAGCUGAAAAUUUGCCCAUAGCUCUUUUCAACAAUGAGAUGAUUCAGGUCAGUUCCAAUGAUCUUGUGAUGAAGAGAGCCAUCUAUACCCAGAGAGAGGACUGUGAGAACUGAGUGUGGACCAAACAUAGCAUUUCCAUUCUUUUUAUUGUUGUUACCUUGCAUUUUGUUUUCUUUCUCAUUUUUGUUUCCUUUUUGAUCUGAUUUUUCUUGUACAGCAAGAUAAUUGUAUAAAUAUGUAUACAUAUGUUGGAUUUAACAUGUAUUUUAACAUAUUUAACAUGUAUUAGAUUACGAGCCAUCUAGGAGAGGGAGUAGAGGGAUGGGAAAAUUUGGAACACAAGGUUUUGCAAGGGUCAGUGUUGAAAAUUGUCCAUGCAUAUAUGUUUUAAAAAUAAAAAAUGUUAAUUAAAAAAAACUUUUUUUGAUUUGUCCAUAACCACACAGGGAGAUGUCAUAAAGGACUCUAUGCCAAAUUCAAGGCUCUUUCAACUAGACUAUAUAGAUGACACCAUUCCAACUAUACAUAUAUAUAAACAUAUGUAUACACACAUGUACAAAUGUAUAAGCUUUACAUAUGUAUAGGUACACAUAUACAUAAAAUUUAGAAUAGGAAUUUGUAAUUAGUGUAAAUUUCAUGAGGACAAGAUUCAAAUGCUAUCUAAACUUUGUAUUUUCUGAAGCAAGUUGUACAAUGCUCUGCAUACAGCAAGUGUUUAAUGCUUGUUGAAUUAAAUUGAAUUGAAACUGGAGGAUUUCUUUGAGAGGGGAAAUAAAGUUAUACAUGCACAAAAUCACAAA